AUGGCAGCUCUACUACUUCUUUUCUGUUUCAUCUUCCUAGUCCUUUUCUUCUUCAAGAAAAGCCCCUCAACAAAGAGGCUACCGCCGUCUCCAUUAAAGCUUCCGAUAAUCGGAAACGUCUACCUAGCCGGAAACCUACCCCACCGCUCCUUCCACUCUCUAUCUAAGCGCUACGGCGAGGUGAUGCUACUCCAAUUCGGCAGCAAGCCUGUCGUCGUCGCCUCCUCGGCCAACGCAGCCCGAGAGAUAAUGAAAAACCAAGACCUAAUCUUCGCAAGCAGGCCGAGGCUGAGCAUCCCCCACAGGCUACUGUACGGAUGCAGAGACGUCGGUUUCGCUGCCUACGGCGAUCACUGGCGUCAGAGGCGGAGCAUGUGCGUGCUCCGUCUCUUCAGCAACAAGAGGGUCCAAUCCUUUCGUCCCAUUCGAGAAGAAGAGACGUCGCUGAUGAUAGAGAAGAUCAAGCGAUCUUCGCCGGGGGUUGUGAACUUGAGCAAGGUCUUCGUGGAGCUGUCGAAUGAUGUAGUCAGCAGGGCGGUGUUAGGGAGGAGCUACGGCGGGGAGAGUGAUUUUAAUCGGAUUUUGGUGAAGUUUAUUGAGAUGAUGGGGAGAUUUGAUGUGGGAGAUUUCGUGCCAUGGUUGGGUUGGAUUAACCGUGUGAAUGGUGUUGAAGCACAAGUUGAAAAGAUUUUUAAAACGAUGGAUGAAUUUAUGGAGGGUGUGCUUCGAGAAUAUAGAAUGAAGAAAUUGAGUGAUGAUGCAGUUGUGAAUUUUGCAGAUGCAUUGCUUGAGUUGCAGAGAGAGAGUAAGGAUAGUGAUCCGGUUGAGGAUGAUGUGAUUAAAGCUCUAAUCUUAGACAUGUUUGUGGCAGGAACGGAUACAACAUCCACAUCGUUAGAGUGGACGAUGACAGAGCUUAUAAGAAAUCCAAGAACUAUGAAGCUUCUUCAAAAGGAAGUGAGAGAAGUAGCUAGAAACAAGAACGGGAAAGAUAUCACCGAGGAUGACUUGGACAAAAUGCCCUAUUUGAAAGCAGUAUCCAAAGAGAGUCUAAGGCUGCAUCCACCUUUACCACUAGCCCUCCCUCGUGAAUUAUCUCGAGACACAAAUUUAAUGGGCUACAACAUCCCAAGUGGUGCACUUGUGUUGGUUAAUAGUUGGACCAUUUCAAGGGACCCUUUGUUAUGGGAGAAUCCUGAUGAAUUUCGUCCUGAAAGGUUCUUUGAUAUAGAUAUAGACUAUAAAGGUUUGCAUUUUGAGAUGAUUCCCUUUGGAGCUGGCCGAAGAGGUUGCCCCGGUAUAACGUUUGCGAUGUCUUUGUACGAGCUUGCUAUAUCAAGAUUGGUAAACGAUUUCAACUUUGGAUUGCUUGAUGGAGAUAGAUUGGAGGAUUUGGACAUAACUGAAGCGUUUGGAAUUAUUGUCCAUAAGAAAUGUCCUCUACUUGUGGUUCCUACUCCAUGUGCUUGA